AAAGAUUCCCCCAACCUCUUUCUCGAUGACACUAAGUCACUGACCCGCGAAGACUUUGACAAGUCUAUCCCGCGCCAUUCUCCUCCUCUUUACUCAAUUUUGAUCAAUUUUCUCUCUCCGAAAAAUUCAAAUCUCCAGAAAAAAUGCUGUUUGAUCGAACAAACUCAACUUCAUCUCAAUUUUGAUCAAUUUUCUCUCUCCAGAAAAAUCCAAAUCUCCAGAAAAAAUCCCGUUCAAUCGAACAAAUUCAACUUCAUCAUCAACCUCGACUUCAUCUCAAUUUUGAUCAAUUUUCUCUCUUCAAAAAAAUUCAAAUCUCCAGAAAAAUGCUGUUCGAUCGAACAAACUCAACUUCAUCGUCAACCUCGACUUCAUCAAGAAGUUGGCCGAGCUCCAAAGUACUCGCAAUCGAAUGCAUUCGAGGAACUUCAAGAGCCGACGAAUGGAGCGGCGGAUUACUCCAAACCGGCGACAUCGUCGAGGAGAUUCAAAUCGGCGACCUUGUUCUUCGAUCGCCGUUCAAGGACGGGAACUCCGGUGUUCAGAAACAGCUCCAUAGUUGUUUCAAGAGUAAGGUUACGGAGAUCCGAGUUCGAGUUCGUCGCGGCGAGUUUGACUCGGCCGAGUUGAGUGCCUGUAUUGUUCCUGAAGGGAGGAAGAAGCGGUAUGUGUUGAGAGCGAUUGAUGAUCCUAAUUAUGCUGUUGCCUUCUUUGAUCGUUCUGAGGCUGAGUGCUUAAAGCUCCAAGCUUCUAGGGACUCCAGGUUACAACACGCGUUAAACAGUACUCAAAUCCAAGAUGGCUAUGUUGUAUAUCCAUGGGAAAGGAAGAUGCAAACGAUGCUACAAGUUCCUUAUUCGAGCAGCUUUUUCUCCAUCCUCUUCUUGCCAAGAGCUUCGGAAACAGGACGUGGUCGCUACAACGAUGUGGAGGACACUCUUGCUAGAGCCAAUGCAUGGCUGAACGCGUCUCAGGCAUCAGGGGUUCCAAUAGCCUUUACAAACGUACAAACAGAAUCUUUACUUACAAAGAUUUCUGGUGAAACAGCUUCUUCCACAGUGAGCACCUCAUCGUUAUCAGAUUUGCCAAACCUAGCCAAUGCUAGCCUAUAUGGAUUCGAGGACUACCACGGGGUCGACAUUGGAGUUGUCAGAGCAAUUCGUCUCUGGUACUCUCCCAUCCAAGAGUACCCAAUUGAGAUCAACAUAGAAGAGGGUGAUGUAAAGCUCGGUUUUGCUGUAAGUCGCACUGAAGAGGGAUUUAUUUACAUAUCAUCAGUUGUAGAAGGUGACGAAAAUGCCCCUUCUACAAGAUCAGGCCUCAGUGAUCUAUACAAAGAAGCAUCAAGAGACUCUAACCUUGUAGUGAUCUCGCGAGUAAACAACCAAAAAAUCCUUCCUUGGAUUGUUUCUCCGUCUAGUGGCAUACAAUGCUAUGAUACAGUUUCUCUAAGCCAGAAACUCUCCUUGCACCGCCAUGCUCGAGCACCCUUGCUUUUCCACGUUCUGUUGCAGGAUUCGCGACUUGUUUCUCAGCGAUCACAGAGUGGCCCUACUCCAUUAGCUAUGCCAUUGUGGCCUAGUAAUCAAAACCAACCUCCUCCUCCGCCACCACCCACAAUUCACCCUGGUGCUGGAAUUACAAUUACUGGUGAUGAAAUUGAGAUUGACUUGGGAUUGUCUAGAGAUACAGCAGGUGAAGAGUCUUUCCGGUUUCAUGAUUUCAAGCUGCCUGCUGACAACUGGGUGUAACGUAGGCUAUGUAGCCUAUGUUACCCGGACUUGGAUACCCAUAUCGGAUACAGGUACAUGUCCCAAGUGUCCACACUACUAUUUUGUGGAAAAUUUGUGUGAUUUUGGUCCAAAAUGAAGUAUCGAAGUGUCCAUAUCCAUGUCCGAGUGUCGAGGAUUCGACACAGGUAUUUGAGGUAAAAUGAAGAGUCUGGGCAACAAAGAAUGUAGGUCUUGAAAGUUACUUAUUUCGUAAUGAAGCGUGUGCCUGCAUGAUAUUGAUGUACAUGUUCUUUGUUCAGUGCUGAGAGACUAAAUAAGUUAGACAAAUGUGUGAGUGUGGCAGCAAAUUAUGUCGUCGCUGCUUGUAUACAAGGGAGUGUAAUUAAGAGAGUUAGUUUUCUGUGAAUGUGACUGAUAGAGUGAUUUGGGGGGAUGUAAAGAGCUGAUAAAAAUGAUCUAUUUUCUGAGGCAGUUUGGUGAAAUUGAUUGGCUUCUUUUGUUUUCAAUUGGGUAUUGGUCUGUUGUGUGUUGUACAUGGAGAUUGUUCAAUUUAUUGGUUUUUGUUUGCCAUUAUUAAUAGUAGAGAUUAUUUUUGAGAUGAUGAAUGA